CCCCGUGAGUUGCGAGUAUGCUCCGUCGCAGUACGUUUUAACCGUCCCUUUCGAAUAAAAAAAAAACCGCAAAAAUCAUUUCCCCCCCGACUAAUAUUCACCGCUGAGUAAAUAAACAGUAAUAAAGAAUAAACGUGCUGAAGAAAGCUCCGAAGAUGCGUGAGAAAAUAAUUUUGAUACGGAGUACACGGUGGUAUGAAGCUUAUGUGCGUGUCGUGAGGCAAAAGUGCAAGGGAGCAUAGUAGUUGUUUCCUGUUGUGUGCGGCUGGACCGGCCUGUCGUCGGCCCAUUCGAAUCAUUUUCAAUAAUCAUUUUCAUCCAAAAAUACUUGUCGAUGUGGUGAACGUAAAGGGGAACGCGUAAACUUGAAACUCCGAGGAAAGAGAGGAAAAAAAAGGAAAAUAGAGGGAGAAAGAGAGCGAGAAGAAAGGCAUCAUCGUGUGUGUUGGGGCCUGGCGUGGAUUCUUUCGCUACGUGGUGGAAGAUAGAACGUAAAAUAAAGGAGAAAAGAGGAGAAAAUAAUACAGUGAAACUGGGGGGGGGGAGGGCCGGUUGAUUCACCUUGCAGUACCUACAUCUGAUAGAAUUUCCAAUGUAAUUUGAAAUGAAACGAGUUCGUGGGGUGGACGAGGUAACAACGCCAAUAGGAGUAACACAGAAGCAUUUGGGAAGUGUCAGUGGAGUUGGAGUAAACAGUGGUAAUAAUUUGGAGUAUCACACCAGUGGAAUUGUGAGUGGAGUUACGUCUGGUCAAUCAGUGAGGCCAUUAACGUCCAAAGAAAUGCCGGGUAGUAUACAGUUUGGGACUACCCAGACUCAGCAGCAAUAUGCUGGGGCCAUCGUCGUGCCAGCGGCUGCCCCAUCACCUGUCAAGGUGCAUACAAAUGCAACAGCCCCAUUAGCCCCAACGCCCCCAGCGAGUCUGAGCACCAGUAGUGGUUCUCAGCAGCAAUUUCAAAGGCUAAAAGUUGAGGAUGCACUGUCCUACCUUGACCAAGUUAAAUACAAGUUCAACGAUCAGCCCCAAGUGUACAAUGACUUUCUCGACAUAAUGAAAGAAUUUAAAUCCCAGAGUAUAGAUACACCAGGUGUGAUAACACGUGUUAGUAAUUUGUUCAAGGGACAUCCUGAGUUGAUCGUUGGUUUUAAUACAUUUUUACCACCUGGUUAUAAGAUUGAAGUGCAGGCCAAUGAGCAGGGUUAUGCAUUUCAAGUGUCAGUGAGUAUGCCAAGUCCAACGGCAACCCAUACAGCAACCAUAUCCCAGCAUCAUUGUACUGUUAAUGUUGGCUCACCACCAGUGGCAUCACCACCAAGUCAACCGGCAAAAGCACCAUCUGUACUGCAAAUAAUGCAGGGAACGGGAAACAUACAUCACUCAAUUGCUAAUAAUAUAUCGAAUAAUAGUUUGACGAUUCAUGCUGCUGUACCAUCACCACCGCCAAUUCAAUCGUACAAUAAUUCACACAUAAGUGCAGCGCAAGCGCAAGCUGUCAGCCAGGCACUCAGCCAGGCACAGGAUGGUGUACAAAACAGUGGACAGACACAACAGAGUCAACCCGUUGAAUUCAAUCAUGCCAUCAAUUAUGUCAAUAAAAUUAAGAAUCGGUUUCAAGGACAACCAGACAAGUACAAACGUUUCUUGGAGAUUCUCCAUACAUAUCAGAAGGAGCAAAGAAACUUGAAAGAAGCCGGUCACAUGGGAGCUGGUAGUGGGAGUGUUCCGUCUGGUGGAAAACAUCUGACUGAGGCGGAAGUUUACAGUCAGGUGGCUAAGUUGUUUGAGAAUCAGGAGGAUUUACUUGCUGAGUUUGGACAGUUUUUGCCUGAUGCAACGAGUCAACAGAGUGCGCUGUCUGCAAUGUUUCAGGGUAACAAAACCACGGUAAACGACCACGCAGCAAUCGUGAAAAAGCCCCUGAUAAAAGCCUCCUACAACAACACAACAUCCCUCCCCCGUGAUCACCGAGAGCCAGGUAAUCCAGGAGGUCUCGAUCGAGACCGAGACCACCGAGAUCGUGACAGAGAUCGUGAACGUCCAGGUCCCCGUGACCUGAACAACACCCAAAAAUUCGGUCACAGUACAGGCCAGCUGAAGCGCAGUCCCUCCUUUCCAACGUCAGUGUCCACCGGAAACUCCCACCAUCCACCUCAUGGUCCCCCUCCCCCGAAGAAGCACAAGGUAUCGGCUUCAGUGCGAGACGUGACAAUCGCCGAAGCAGGAAAAUACGGUAGCCUAAAUGACUACGCAUUCUUCGACAAAGUGCGAAAGGCCUUGAGAUCUCAAGAGGUAUACGAAAACUUCCUCAGAUGUUUAGUUUUAUUCAACCAGGAGAUAGUCUCGAAGAGCGAAUUAAUCCAGCUGGUGACACCCUUUCUGGGUCGUUUUCCCGAAUUAUUAAGAUGGUUCAAAGAGUUCUUAGGACAUCUGCAAGACACCGCAGGCAUCACCUCGACAAAUUCCAACAGCAACCUGGUGGAAUCACUGCCGAACAACGUGGUGAGGAGCCAUCAGGAUCGACCCCAGGGUGAUUUAGCCAUGGAAAUAGACUACACAACCUGCAAGAGACUAGGUGCUUCCUACUGUGCUUUACCAAAGUCCUACGUACAGCCUAAAUGCUCUGGGAGGACUCAAUUGUGUCGAGAGGUGCUUAACGACACAUGGGUAUCAUUCCCCACGUGGUCGGAAGACAGUACCUUCGUAACAUCUCGAAAGACUCAGUUCGAGGAGUUUAUUUAUCGAUGUGAGGACGAGAGAUUUGAGUUGGAUGGUGUGAUCGAGACGAAUGCAGCGACGAUAAGGGUCUUGGAGGGUGUUCAUAAAAAAAUGGGAAGGAUGAGUCAGGAGGAGCUGCAGAGGUUUAAACUCGAUGAUUGUUUAGGUGGGUGUUCUCCAACGAUUCAUCAGAGAGCGUUGAAGAGAAUAUAUGGGGACAAGGCUGCUGAUAUUAUCGAUGGGCUGAAGAAGAAUCCGACUGUUGCUGUGCCAGUCGUACUCAGGAGACUGAAGAGUAAGGAGGAGGAGUGGCGAGAGGCGCAGAAGGGCUUCAAUAAAAUUUGGAGGGAGCAGAAUGAGAAGUACUAUCUCAAGUCACUGGAUCAUCAGGGAAUUAAUUUCAAGCAGAAUGACGUUAAGGCCUUGAGAUCGAAGAGUCUGUUCAAUGAAAUUGAGACACUGUGCGACGAGAGAAAUGAACAGAAUGACAGUGGUGAUGGACAGGGCAGUGGUCCUCACAUGGUGCUUCCUUACAAGGAUAAAUCAGUGCUUGAUGAUGCUGCCAAUUUGUUGAUACAUCAUGUUAAACGACAGACUGCGAUACAUAAGGAGGAUAAACAACGAAUUAAGUUAUUGUUAAGGCACUUUAUACCUGAUUUGUUCUUUCAUCCGAGACAGGAGUUGAGUGAUGAUGAGAGGGAUGAGGAUGAUGAUAAGGAGGAGGGCAUGCCCAGUGGAUCACAAUCGUUGACGACAAAUCCAUCGCCACUUGGGUUGCAGGGCUCUAGGAAUAAUAAAGCAUCACCAUCACCUCCUAAUGCCAAUGUUAAGAGCGAGGGGGAUAUUAAAGUACCUGUUCAUGCAUUGUCGACUGAUCCUGAUGAGGCGUAUACGCUGUUCAUGGGAUCUAAUAGCUGGUAUUUGUUCCUGAGGUUACAUCAUAUACUGUGUGAAAGGCUUACGAAAAUGUACGAUAGGGCGGUAGCGUUGGCUGAUGAGGAGGCCAUGUAUAAACAGCAGAGGAAGGAAGUGGCUGCUGUUGCACUCAGGUUAAAACCAAAAAAUGAAAUAGAAAUAGAAGAAUAUUAUCCAACAUUUCUCGACAUGGUGAAAAACGUUCUCGACGGUAACAUGGAGAGUACAGCGUAUGAGGACACCCUGAGAGAGAUGUUCGGCAUCCACGCAUACAUGGCAUUCACCCUGGAUAAAGUGGUAUCGUACGCAGUUAGACAGCUCCAGCACCUAGUGACAGACGCCCCUUGUCAAAAUUGCAUUGACAUGUUCCAUCGUGAACAGAGACAACCGAAGGAGAGUAGUGGCGCUGGAGGACUGUGUGCAACCGCUUAUUUGAGGGUUGGAGCCGAGGUUGCGUAUCAAAGGAGAGCUGAGGCUGCUAUGGCCACUGAAAACUCUUAUAAAAUAUAUAUUUAUAAAAAAGAGUGUAAAAUGACGAUAGAAUUACUGGACAAUGAGAGUGAGGAUACGCCCGAGGGUUGCAAUGAUCGUGAAAGAGAGGAUGUUAAUACAUCUGAAAAAUGGUCAUCAUACGUUGAGAGAUACUCAACCCCAAUAAUCCAAGCCAGUCUAAAGGAUACACCAACAUCACCUAACAAUGAGACGAGCAAUGCAACAAGCACCAAUCAUCCUGUGAGUAGCGACCAGGCAGCAAGGGGGGGAAGGGGCAGAAAGCGCAAGAACACUGACAUUAACAAGAAGAUCGAUGGAAAUGGUUGGAGCUCCUUAGGCAGGAUCUUAGCUGGUCGCAAACCGGUGUUUCUCUACAGAAAUGUCAGACGAUCGAGGAAGCACGCUGCCAGGAAGAUGAGGCCGGCUGUGUUGAGUAAUCCGGAUAAAAAUACAGAUGCCACUGAGGGCGAAAAAUCAGAGGAAGCCGAUGGUGUCAGUGAUUUACUAAAGAGUCCUACGAUGCUGAGGAUGACGGGAACGAGUGACGGUGCCGAUGUAAUAACAUCAGACGACACCCAAUGCACUUUCAAUCCCAACAGUUAUCACAUGCUCUACGUAGCGAGUAAGGAGGCUUUUCUGUACAAACCGAACUCUUUCGCACGAGCCAAAGAGUGUCACCCCGCAAUCACGAAAAAUCUCAACGCGAAAUUCCACAGUUGGCUGUCGAAUUGGGCAUCGAAAAACGUAGCAGAUUCGCAACAUCGACUCUGUCAAGACUGGUUAAUGGGUCGUUACGAGAACUUGAUUCCCCACAGGACACGAGUGAUUACCGAUAACGAUCAGAGUCGUUCGCCCUAUCGAUCUUACAAUCGCUAUCGCGUUGAACGUAUCAAAUCCGAGACAGACUCUGAUGCCACGUAGUUCAACUAGUUUUCAUUUUCAUUAGUUGAAAUUGAGAGAAUGUGACAAAUAAAAUAAACAAUUAUUGUGUACAGUUUUGGGACCAUGUGGAAAUAACUCGGUAAGGGCGUGACAGAAAGGUGAGAUCGCGCGUGUGUGUGAAAUUCCCUAGUUGGCAGAUCGAUUCAUCAUCUUCCAUCAAUGAAGAUCUUUUGUAAGGAAUAACUAGUGCUCUUGAUGGUGAGAACAAAAGGAAAAUGUGCUGCUAAUGGAAUCAAUCAAACGACGUAAAUAAUUAUCUCAUUGUAAAAAGAAGAACAUUUCAAUUGUAAAAAUAUCUUUUAUUUCAAAAUUGUUUGAAAUAAUCCAGUGGUGGAGUGGUAAAACGUAACAAUCAGAAUUUGUUAUUUUUGUUAAUUGUCUAUACUUUGAGAAGAAGUCGUUCGAAGAUAAAAUCUCAAAAUAUUUUAUCUGUUCUAGAUAAAUUUCGUAUUAAAAGUGUCUCUUUACAUACGCAAAAUAGUCUCUCAUUUUUUUAUCACAUGGAUUUUUCUUAAAAAAUCGAGAAAAAAGAAUGGAGAAACUUUUUUCAUAACAGAAAACAUUUCCUGCAAAACUUAUCUCUUGAUAUUUUCCCUUGAAUUUAUUCUUCAUUAUAAUAAUUCCAUGUUUGAUGAGAUUUGAAAAAUAGUCUUGUUCUCCCACGUUUUUGCACUUCACUGCUACAUCUCUUCAUCCAAAUGUUUUUUUUAUUGAUUGUUCAUAGACAUUUUCUAGUGUAAUUGACGUGCAUUCCACUGCAAUUUUUUUAGAGACAUUGAGAUUUUUUCUAAUGAUCAUUUCCCUGCAUUUUUUCGACAUUUUUGUAUUUAAAGAUGAUUUAUUAAAAGGUUUAUUAUUCUUCACCAGAGAUUUUUUUAGCGAGUGAAAAACCAUUUUGAUGGAGAGAAGUGGAGAGAAAUUUUCUGAAACAUGAAUAUGAUGACAUGUGACAAUCAUUGAUCGGAUAGUACAAACAACGGCCUCACUGAGUAAAUUGAUAAAGCCAUGAAUAAAAGAUAUUUACUAGAAUGUACAAACAAUCUUAUUGUAUAUUCUGUGCUCUUUUCUCAAUCAUUUUUUUAAAUUUACAAUUGCGAGCAGCUUUUAUGCAUAAAACUGUACAGUUAUUUUCUUUUGCGACAAUUAUUUAUCAAUCGACCCCCUUCUCUUUCCAAUUGUGAAAAUAUACUUCUCAACAUGAAUAAUAUAUUUGUACAAAAGUAACGUUAGGUGCUGUAAAAAUCUACUCGUAAGAAAUCCAAAUGAAUUUUUUAAAUAAUGAAGCUUAAGACUUGUUUUAUUGUUUAGUCAAUGUUUUACAUACCAUGUUUUACUCAUAAUUAACAUCAAGCCCACAAUGCAAAACAGUAAUUAAGCAGAUGAGAAUAAUCAGAUGGAAUUAAUAAUUUCAUGUUGAUUAUUAGGUGUGCUCAUUAAUUUUCAAGGGUUCUUAGAUUGGAUUUCUCCAAAGGAUAUUCGAGUUUUUUUCACCACAAUUUCCAUAAGGAAAUAUGACGGAAAAUUGUAGACAGCGAUGGACAAUACGUUGAUUAAAUACAAUCAUUUUUUAUUCAAGAAUUCAGUCUUUGAAAAUAAUUGGCACCCCUGAUAUUUUGCGAAUAUCUCCUGGAGGGAUAGGAAAAAUUUGAAAUUUUCUACAUUUCUCACUGAUGUUGCUCGUCACUGAGAUGAUCAUCCAAUUAACAAAGAUCCAAUUGUCUAUGUGCAUUUUUAUCAACUAGUUGUCUCGGUAAUGAGUUGAUCCAGAAAAAUCAAAAUUUUUGCAAAAUUUUUCGAUUCACCUGUUUUCACUUCUCUGCAAAAAUUCAUUUGAUGAGUAAUUAGAAAUCAAAGGAUAAUUCGAUCUGAAUGUCAGCAAUAAAAUUUUCAAGUCGAGUGCACAAGCCGGAGUAUUUUUGCAGUAGAAAAUUACGCAAGAAUACUGAAAAGACAAAAGUGAAAUAAAUCCAGAGGCGCACAUACACACGCGCGUGGCUCAAAGAAAACUGAAAUGGCUGUAAUCAAUCAGUUGCAGUUGAAUAAUCAAUUAAUCAUAAAUUCCACAAUGUUGUACAAACAUUAUGAUAGGUAUUAGAUUCCGAGUGUCCGUAAUACUAAAUUAAUUAAGAAUAUCGAUUUCUACCUUCCAGAAAUCAUCGAUUAAAAUUUAUCACUGAUGAGUGGAGAAAAUUAUUUGCAAUCAGAUUGAUGAAUUGUGUACAGGAUGAUCUCUGCCGAAGGUAAGAUUUAUCUGCGAUAAGAUGUCAUGAUUAUAUUUCAUAAAAUUUUCAAUGUAAAUUAUUUGUAAUUAGUGUUCAUUAAUGAGUUCCAGAGCCCGAAGAAUGAAUGGAACUUGUUCUCAGGGCUCUGUGGAUUCCGCAAAAUCUCAAAAUUGGGAAGUGAGACUCAUCACAUUUUUGCACAGACCAGAAGAGAUCAUAAAAAUGUUAAGAUAAAUAGUGCACAAAGAUAUGCAUUAUGAUGAAGGAUUAAAUGAUUCAUAAAUUUAUUAAAAAUACA